GCCGGGCUGAGGCUGCGGCACGGCGGAGUCGUGGCGGCACGCAUGGAUGACAGCAAGGUGGUUGGAGGCAAGGUGAAGAAACCAGGGAAGCGGGGUCGGAAACCGGCCAAAAUAGAUUUGAAGGCGAAGCUUGAAAGGAGUCGCCAGAGCGCAAGAGAGUGCAGAGCCAGGAAGAAGCUGAGGUACCAGUACCUGGAGGAGCUGGUCUCGAGCAGAGAGAGAGCCAUCUGCGCCCUCAGAGAAGAGCUGGAAAUGUACAAGCAGUGGUGCAUGGCGAUGGACCAGGGGAAAAUCCCCUCUGAGAUAAAAGCCCUGCUGACUGGAGAGGAGCAGGGCAAGGCACAGCAGAACUCGACCAAACUUGCUAAGGCUGGGAAGGCAGAAGCAAACAGCAGCAAUCCCUGAGGCCCGUGCAGAACCUUCAGCAGAGAUUCCUUGGCAGCUGGCAGAAGAAUGCUGUUCUGAGGAGUGGAUGCAUCCCCACAUGCAGGGGCAAGGAUCCCAGUCCACUGUCUCUUCUCUUUGCUCCUCCCCACGUGCAACUCUUUGGUGGUGUUCCUGAGGCUGUGUGGAGUGGGGGGUGUUUGUGUAAGUGGAGCGCUGUUCUUUCUUUCACUACAGCACCCUCCCCAAAUUACAGCUAUGGCAGCUUUUUGGGAAUUGCCAGCGUGAAAUGGGGGCUGCUUUUAUAGCAGAGCCCAGAAUUAGGCUGGGUUUGGGGUUGGUGGUCAUAGAGUUGUUAACCACUGUGGGAGUCCGGGAGGUUCCAUAAAGUAAAAGCAAGAGAGGGAUUUUGUAACAACUUCGCCAAAGCCCAACGGAGCUCUGUGGGUGGAGGAGAAGGAACCGCAUCAAAAGCUUUCAGCAAGGAGGUUUAUAGCGACGUAAUUUGUAACCUAAACGAAGGUGUUGCUGUCAGCAUCCUUCUGUAAUGCAGCACGUGCAUAUGUGAUAAGGAUUCUUAAAGAGAGGUGCUUCUGCCCAUACUUCUUUCCCUGAAUAUCUUUUCUACCUGCCGUGUUUCUGGUAAGAUAGUCAAAGCACGUCCCUGCAUCUUGCUUCCAGCCAUUCCCUCUCACCCACUGGGCCCUGCUAUCUUGCUGUAGCUACUGGGCCCCGGUACUUUCCUGGUCUGCAGCUUAAAAUGGGUUCUGCUGUGUUGUCCUGGUUUCCCAGCCAGAGGUAAUGCCAAGAACUGGUAGCAAGGAGACCAAGUGGCAUCAGUUUUACGAUAAGAAAGGUAGUGGCAAAGCUCUCAUGGGCUGAUUUACUCAUCCUGGUUAUUUACAGAUAAGCUGCCACUUUCUUCAGACUGCUCUUUCUCCUGGGUAUGCUUUUUGUAUUCAUAUGAUGUAAAGUGGAGAGUGGAGCUCUCUGAAUUUUCUGUGGGGGUUUGGCUUGCUUAUUCUGUUUUGUUCAUGGCAACAUCUUUCUCUGUAUUUUAUGAAGUGCAUGAAACAUUUUUUUAAUCUUACAUUUUCUUCAUUGUUUCCUAGAAUAAAUACUACAAUGAAUGACUUUGCUAGACUGAACGUUGCCUUCUUUUUAUUGAACUAAUUGGGUCUUUUUAGCCUUACCUCAAUUCAAGAUGGGUUGAAAGCACUGAAAAUAAUUUCAGUGUACAGCACAACUUUUUUCAGAAUUCCAUUCUAAGCACUUACAGAUUGUACCUUAAGGCACGGUUUUAAGUUUAUUCUUUAGACCCUCCAAGCAUGCCCUUAGUUAACAAUUGCUAUAAAUGUUGCACAGAUAGAGGAAAACUAUUAUUAAAGUUUAAGUAAUACUGAAGUAGGGAUGGGGAGGAUAUGAGGGUU